GAUGGGCACACACUUCGGCGAUCUUCUUCUGCUACUUUUUCUUUGUCUUCUCCGUUUCGCUUCCUCGCCGACCUCCUCCGUCACUCGCUGUAGUCCAUUCCACGUCACACACACACCCCCCCUGUCUGUCUGUCUGUUUGCGGAUCCCCAUCCCCAUCCCCCCUCCCUCCCUUUUCAGUUGCCCAACUCCUUGUCGCUCUCUCGUGUUCGAUUUCGUUCUUCUGAGGAGGAGCGGAAAAGAGCCAGGGAGCCCAUGGUACCGUCUCUCCUUUGUCUUAAUACACCCGUUGGUGCUUUUCACCUCGGUUGGGGCCCUCACAUCAUGUGGUGUUAUGAUCUUUGGUUCAGGUCGCAUUAGCUGCCUAGAUUUGCGCUGGGUCGGAACUGCGGUUGAUGAUGCUACUUCUUGCUCUCUGCUUGUCAGAAGGGGCUGCGAAGUAAUUGCAGCGCGCUCGGGUUCGAGUUCACUUCUUAGGGUUUUCUCUGGAAGCGUGGAAUUAGUGCAGGGCCGCCUCAUUGAAUUUUAUCAAUCACACGUCUGUUCCACGGAAGUGCAUGGAGGCAGGGGUAAUGUUGGAUGACCUGUCUUUAAUGUGGGAGAGUCUGACCUUCCGGCAUGCGUGGAGGUGAUUGGCAGCUCCACAGUGGUGCAGCCGCUUACCAUUUCAACUGCAUGGAUAGAAGUCGAGGCUUUGGUGGCCACCAGUUUGAUGGACCAGCUCAGGUGUUUUCGCGGCCUGAUUUUGUCCGCAAUUGCUUCAAUUGUGGGCAGCCGGGACAUUUAGCUAGGGAGUGCCAAGGGAGAGGUUUUAGAGGUGUUGGGUUGCACGUCGAUUACUUUGGAAGGGAUGUCCAACAGCGGGCUUGGCCGUAUGCUGGAAUCAGGCCUGUAGCUUUGCACCCCAGGGAAGCUGCAUUCUUGUUGAGCAGAGACGAUGGGCCACAGGGAUGGCAGCAACAGAUUACAGUUGACUUUUCGGAUUCUCGCACACUCGGAUAUGUCGGUCGGGAUUCUGGUAAUCAGAAUAUUCCCUUUCUGCCCAAUAGGAUGGGCGACAGACCCAGAGAUAGACGUACAGGGUGGGUGGAUUUCGUUGCUCCUUCAAAUCCACCUCUGUAUUCACGGGGUUCCGAUGAGAGUCACAGAAAGUUCACGUCUAGGCGCACUACUGCGAAAGCACGGAUUAGUCCUCUUAGACGAAUUGCUGCAGCAAGAAAGGAUUCGGAGGAGAAUGAUCUGUGCUUUCGGACUCUUGAUAAUGCCAACUCUCGUGCUUGCGAAGAGAUCAAAAGAGGCUUCUCAACGGAAGCAGAAGCCACCAAUUCUCAUGGAGGAAAAGUUGAAUUCUCUGGCAUCAAACCUCAGAUGGAAAGAGAUAAUGGCUCUGAAUUUGCUUCAGAACAUCCAGAAUUACAGGUUGUUGUUUCAGCAUGCAGUGACCUUGAUGUGAUGAGAGCUUCGUACGACAACGAAGCCGAACCUAGAAGUCAAGGAAGGGAUUCUUUAACCCACGGAUCCAAUGCAGGACAGUCGUCAUUUUCGAACACAGAGAAGAUUGAUUCUGAUUUAGAGAAUGGAGAAUUUGUAUCUGUGGGUGAUGAUGAUGAUCCAGUCUUCCAGCAAUCUUUUGCGGAGCUUAGUAGUCGUGGAAGUCAUGAAAAAAAUGCUGCAAUAAAGGUUAUGCACUAUUCUGACCUGGAAAGUGUCAUGGUGAAAUCUGGAGUUGAUAAUGACCGAGAUGUACGGUCAUGCCCAGGCAAUCCUCCCAGUUUGAGGAUCGAUACUGCUAUGAAAGAAUUAGAGGCAAUUGAUUCCUUGAAAAGGAGAUCUAACGGAAAUGGUAGAGACGGUGCUGAGUUCUUACCAGCUCGAAAGAGUAUGCAUCAGUCUAGACAUGGAGGAGUAUGCCACGGUGUCUCGCAGAGUAACAGUAGCCCUGCAGGUAUUGUGGAUAGUAUCAAGGUCAGAAAUCUGGAUGGUGAGGUAGAUUAUUGCAAUGAUUUUAGUGUGGAUCCUUCUGCCUCGAGUGAUAUUUUCAAGAGGCGCAGUGACUGUAACGUAUCGGAAGUGGAAUUCAAGUCUAGCGACACAAAUCUGAACGUCCAUUGCAAUGAUUUCGGCUCAACUUUGUCUGCCUGCAUGGAUAGGGAGUUGCAGCGUCCCUCUAAUGGAGAUGAUUCUUCUGGGUCCGGUCGUGACCUGAAUAUGAGCUCCGGGUGGACUGGACAUCACUCAAAUUACUGGAAUAAUUCGCACAAUUCAAAUGAAUGCGUAGACACUGGAAAGUAUGAUUCAGGUGGAUUCGCAGGAUUGCCACGUAAUGCCAACACCAGUUUGUUUCCAAGACGUUCAGUGUUGCCUGAAUUAACAGAACGGCAAUUCCCUUCUGUGCAAACGAUGGAGAACGGUGAUAUGAAGGAGUAUUCACCAGCAGAACAAAAGGUGUGUGUGCACAUGAAACUCGUACCAAGAGCACGGUCUCAGCAACAGUGUACGGCAUGUCAAGCUGAGGUUGGCAUAACGUUGAUAAAUGAAAGUGAAAGAUUUAACUCAAAUAAUGCCGGCAAGGUAGAUGUAUGCAUGAAAGGGGAUUUGACUCCUACUGGUGAUAAAGGCACUUUGAAAGCAGUGACAGGAAUAAAUUUAGAAACAGGCGUAUGUGUGGAACAGUAUAACAUCGAUGCAAGAGUGGAGAAGCUGAUGCUGAAUUUUCCUCUAGUUCAAGGAAGAGAACAAGAAAGCGUUGCAGAUGCUCUGAUGGCUGCAUCACAGCGAAUUACUGAGGAUGACUACGAGUGCGGGAGUGAAGGACUUUCGACUGUUCCAGUUUUAAUCUCGGGGACUCGAAACGUGGCUAUUCGAACCAAUAUACCUGCAGAGAGUCUGGCUGCUAAAAUUACUGUGCAUCCUAAUACCAAGUCCCCUGGGAAAGCCAAGCUGCCCUUACAUGCAAGCAACACGAUUUGCUGGAAGUUUCCGACAGCAGGGGGGGAUUGGAGACUUACUCAGAUAGAGAAGGCUGCAAUUGUAGGAUUCUCAGGAGGCAAAGGUGUAAGUCUUAGAAAGGAGGUCAUAAAUAUGGGUGUUAGCAUUUGCGAACUUGGUAACUGUGAAGUAUUGGAUCCUCGGAGUCUGACACAUAGAGUCAUGGUUUCGCAGCACAGAAAAUUGGAGGUUCCUGCUUGGGCCUGUGCUGCUGCUUUCAAGGUAGAGAAUUCCGUUGAUAGUCAGUCCUUGCAUUAUCCUCGCCUGACUGAAGCAACAACCAUUAAGAAUGGGUUUCUACCUCAUGUAGAUAGCCCCUGCGAAGGCAUUUCUACCAAAGUCAUCUCAGCUACUCUUAAAUCCUCAAAAAAUUCAAGUGCUGGAGUAAAAAUAAAAAAUGAGUCGUCCGCAACUCGUGGAAAAGAGCUUGGUCAUGGUACAAAUGCUUCGCGUAAGUCUGGGCAUACCCGUGUUUCACGAAGGAAAUACGAAACGACAAAUCAUAAUACUGCCAGUGUCACAGCUCAAGUUGUCCUUGCGGGAUCUACAGCCUCACUCAACGGAGCAUCUGAUUUCAACCCCCAAAAUAAUGGUUAUAAUCCUGUGGGAUUAACAUAUUCUUUUGCACAGCCGGAUCAACAGCCGGAUCAACAGCCUGCUGGUGAUCUUCAGGAUAUAUGCUCGUUCAGUGGCAAAGGUCCUGCUGUUUUAUCUAAAUGCAGCAAGAAUCUUGUUUCUGUAGCCUUUAGAAGGCACGAGUUGCAGCUGGAAAGUGGAGUAUGGCAUUACUUGGAUGCGGCAGGCCAUGAGAGGGGCCCAUUUACCUUGUCUGCUUUAAAGGGUAUUGUUGCAGAGGGAGGGCUGCCUGCCGGAGCAAGUGUUUUAAGAAAAAGAGAUAAUCUAUGGGUUCCGGUCUCUCAUCUUGUGCAAUAUUAUGAUGCACAUUCUCCAGCUUUUUUGUCAAAACUACAGCCUGAUUAUCUUGAGAGGAGCGCAAAUCUGGUGAGGUCUGCCGCUUCCACUGUAGCGUCCACCGUUCAGGACCCUGCACAUCCUGCUAAUCUUGCUCUGAAGGGGUUAGAUGUUCAUAGUGUUAGUUCCUCGACGUUUCAUAAUGAGCUUCCACAGUUUCUUGGGUACACAAAUGGGAAAUUACAUGAAUAUGUCAUGAAAUCUUUCAGAGGCAGUUUCGCAGGUUUCUUUAAUGAUGCCUUAGAUGUAUGGUCCAGUUCAAAACGUUCUGUUGCACUGUCGGACGUCCCCUCGCUUGGUAUAGCUUCGGAAGAAGAACCUUUGUGCUCAGAAACGAUCUCGUCGAAUGUGGAUGGCAGCCUAUUUGUGGAACAGAACUCCUGGAGUGAAGGUGGACGUUCUGUCGAAGAUUUACUACUCUACAGGAGAAGUUUACUCCAUACCUCUGUGGUUGAGUUGGAUGGAAGCAACAGCAGCACAGCGUCACAAGUGGGUGUUCAUGUAACAAUAGCAACAUCUACAGGAAAGAAUGCACGGGAAGUUUCUUCCGAUCAAGAAACAUCUGAAACGGGUGCAGUGCAUGAAAAUCUUUCAAACUUGGAUGCAGGAGGAAGCUCAUCACAAAUUGGAUGGGCAUGGUUACCGACUAGAAUACUGACAAAAGUUUUGCGGUUGCUGCGAGGCGAUCCCAAGUCUCUCGUUGCAGCUAUGGGCACUUGUCAGUCAUGGAAGGAUUGUGCGCAAGACAUCAAAGUGUCAACCAAGCAUGUUGACCUGUCCGGUCUAGGAUUGCGUUGUACUGAUGCAGUUCUUGGUGGAUUGUUGGGUUUUGGUGGUGGACAAUUAAAGCAUAUAACAUUGGACCAUUGCUUGAAUGUGAGCUCUAAAGGACUUGAGCGUUUGCUGAAGUCUUAUCCUUCAAUUCGUGAGGUUGGAAUUUGCGGUUGUGCGCGUCUGAUUGAGUUGGUUGAACUUUAUCCCCAAGUAAGAUGGGUUGGAAAUCCAUUUGCAGUUGCUCAUGGUAUCGAUACUCAACGGCACGGUUUGAGGUAUAAUAAGUUGAGUUCAAAGAGCAGUGGUGGUAAGCGUGAAUAUGGAGAUGAUGUCAACAGUGGCGGUUCCCUAGAUGAAACUAGGUAUCGCGAUAAAAGUACAGAGAAAAGCGAAAGUCCUGGAACAAUUCGCAGGGUCGUGAACUCUCUUGAUCCGCUGGGUAAGGAUGUACAUGCAUCGCAAAUGGGAUAUCCUUGUAGAGAUUUCAAGCGACUUAAAGAAAAUUCUAUGAGUGGAACACGCAAUGGCUUUUGUACUAGUGCAGGCAAACACGGUAUAAGCAAGCGGAAGCUGAACAGCAAAUCAACUAUCAAAUCGCAAUCCAGUGUUCGCGGUUCUUUGAAGGGCACCCCAGUUUCUAGUGAAAAAGCCGACAACGUUGCGAAGGAAGUGUCAUGGAAUGUCAAGGAUGCGGAGAAAAAUCCUGAGAAGGCAAUGGCUAGGGCUCUUAGAGUUGUCAUGGAAGCUGACUCAGAACACCUUUUUCAUCGCAUGGCAAACGAGCAAGUGUCGGAAGGGAGAGGAGCCCCUACCAAGUCAGGGCAAGUGGACUUUUGUACUGUACAGAAAAAGCUGAAGUUGGGUCAUUAUGGGGGAAGAGAUGGAGUAAAAUUAUUUAAGGAAGAUCUUCUCCAACCUCUUCGUAAUGCCUUCAGAUUGGAACACGACUCUGUGAUUUACAAGACAGCAGGAAGACUGUUCAAGGUUGCCCACCAAGUGGGACAGCAUCUGUUUAACUUACUCUCAAAACCUCAAAUCAGAGAACUUGCUGACGGUCAAAGUAAGGCUCUUAGUAGUUGUGUAACUUCGGCUCGAACUCUUUUAAAAUCUAAAGAGUCGAAGGAUCUUGCCACUGAGAAACAGCGUGGUCCUAAGCGAUCUUGGGAUUCAGAAACAGGGGCCCGCUCUGUCAAGAGAAAGGUACUUAACUAUAUGAAUAGCAGAUCCGAUGGAGACGUGCUCAGUAGGGACUCUGAUUUACAAGGUUCAAUCGACAGAGAUGAAAGAGAAUCACGCAGAGAUCGAAUGAGAAGAAGUCAGUGGGCUGAAUCAGAAGCUGGAAGUUCUGACGAAGAGGACAUGGAUGAAGCUUUAUAUGAUGAGGACACGGAGACAUCAGGAUCGGAUGUUGCCAGCAAAUCCGGAAUAGCAGAUGAGCUCGUAUACGACUACAGAGAUGCCUCAGAUAGUGAUAAUAUAUAUUCCGGUUUUGGUGAAGGAAGCAGUCGAGAUUGGUGGGGGGCUAGAAUGACCAAAGCAGCGAUGGUGCCUCCUUUAACACGGAAGUAUGAAGUGAUUGAGGAGUAUCGGAUUGUUGACGAUUUUGAGAGGGUGGCUUCUAAGAUGAAGGUGAUACUGCCAGAUGACUAUGAAGAGAAGUUAUGGGCGGCUAAAAAGGUUGGAGAUCGGUAUGCCCACUUAGAUGUUCCGGAACUGAAAGAGUGUAGGCCUCGAAAGCGGUUGGGUAAAGAAGUUUUGGAACAAGAGGUUUAUGGGAUCGAUCCUUACACGUACAAUUUGUUGCUCAAUACCAUGCCAGCUGACACAGAAUUAUUCACUGAAAAACAAAAACAGCUUUUCAUCGAAGAGAAGUUGUUACGGGCUUUAAAUCGAGAAGUGAGUUCUUUUACAGGGAGUGGGAAAGCUCCAAUGGAGUAUUCUCUCGAAAAAGUCAUCGCACACAUUUGUGGUGAUGCGCAUGCAGAUCAGCCUCUGCAAGUAUUUUGCAGAAGUUUGUUGAAGAACAUGCAACGCCAUCUCAAUGACAAGUAUGUAGCUUACAGAAAGGGCCUUGGUGUUGUGUGUAAUAAACCAGAAGGGUUUGACGACGGCGACUUUGUGGUAGAGUUCUUUGGAGAGGUGUAUCCACCUUGGAGAUGGUAUGAGAAGCAAGAUGGAAUCAGAGCUUUACAAAAGAAAGAGAAGGAGCCAGCACCAGAAUUUUAUAAUAUAGUGUUUGAGCGACCUAAGGGUGAUUCAUGGGGUUAUGACGUAUUGGUGGUUGAUGCAAUGCAUAAAGCCAAUUUCGCAAGUCGACUAUGUCACUCGUGUCGACCCAAUUGUGAGGCUAAGGUCACAGCUGUAAAUGGCAAGUAUAUGAUAGGUGUUUAUACACUCCGCAAGAUUGAGUUUGGAGAGGAGCUUACCUUCGAUUAUUGUUGUGUCACUGAGAGCAAGGAGGAGCAUGAUUCUUCUGUCUGCCUCUGUGGAAGUCAAGGUUGCAAGGGCAGCUACUUAUGCUAUACAGGACCUGGAGCCUAUGAUGAGGUCCUGAAGGAGUGCCAUGGCAUCCUCGACCGUCACAAUCUUUUGCUGCAAGCCUGCACAAGUGGGGCAGUGACUUUCAGAGAGCAAGAAGAUCUAAAGCAGGCUGGUCUGGGACCAUGUUUGCUGGAUGGACUACCACAAUGGGUCAUCAAAUAUGCUGCUGGAAUUGUUUCGUAUCUAAAUUUUGAACGGCAACGACUUCCCGAUGAACUCAUGAAAGCUGAGAUGCUGAAACAUACUGGAAUCGACCUCGAUAGACAGGACGUAGAAGUUCAGACUGAGGGAGUUUAUAACCAGCGCCUUCAGAAUCUUGCCAUCACCUUGGAUAAGGUUCGUCAUGUCUUGACUAAGCUGUAUGGUGAGGAGGCCAGCAAAGCAUCUCCGCCUUUACGAAUGCUUGAACCCCAUGAGUUGGUGGAUUACAUAUGGACGGGGAAGGAUUCAGUCGUUGGAGAACUUCUUCAAUGCAUGGCUGUCCACUCUCCGGAAGGUUUGGCAGAUUUGACUAGACAAAUUCAAGAUCACAACCCACCUCCAGGAGGCGACAUAGAGGAAAAUCUUCGGAGAUCCUUACUCUGGUUGAGGGACACGCUUCGCAAAGUUCCAGCAACUUGUAUGGGUCGUCAUGAUGCAGCUGCUGACUUGAUACAUCUCUACGCAUAUACUAAACACUUCUUCACGAACAACGACUAUGGGUUGGUCGAUUCCCCACCUAUAUUAAUAUAUGCAUGUGAUUUGGGUCCUAAACAUUCGGGAGCUGGACCGUACAUGUGGCGCAAAAGUUACAGCAAGAACUAUGUAUGGGGCCAGUUGAUUUCAUGGUUUCGACAAACUUCAGUGGAUCCUGGAGCGAGCUUGGUUCAGGACCGCCGGGGGUGCCUCAUGCUUCCAGAUAUUUCGUCCUGCUACGCAAGAACCAUCCAACACGACUUUCGUUGUGGAUACAGUGACAAAGACCGCAAAAAGAUGAUUAUGCACAUGGAGACCUAUCCGCAGAAGAAGUGGACCCGGAAACUUACUCCAGAAUUAUGGAACUUCAAGAGUGACAGAGGGUUGUUUGGCAGUCCGAUGUUGGAUGCGGCUGUUGCUAAAACCAAGCUAAAUAAAGAGUGCAUGCAGUGGCUGAAGACUCGAGAUACUGUUUUUCAUGGUCCUUGGGAUGAGGAUUAGUAUUGUGCAUACCUUGUCUCUGCGGUUAUAGCAGAGUUGGAGAAUUUCUCGUUUGAGUGACAUCUUCCGACAACAGGCCAUGAUUCAGUUGGGCUCUGGUCUAGUCACAAGUUGUUUGGUGACUCGUCAGGAAAGCAUUGCAGUCUACUGAUCCAAUUCGUUACAUCUUGUACAGCUGAUUUUUCCAAUAGUGGCUAGUUAUCGGAAUUAUUGCUGUUAAUCAGCCUUGUAUGAUUUAAGGUCCCAAAUUGGUUUUCUGUACCAUUUUAGUGAGUAGCGAAUUGCCCCAAUGGGUUCAAUUUCAGUUUUUGGUCUCUUAAGGAACUUACGUCAGGAUGCGGGAUGGUAACAUGCUGUUGAUUCUCAUACCUUUUGAAUGAACAUAUUUAUUUGGGCACCUGCAUCGGUAGACUUUUGGGCAAGAUAGUAUAGACCAAGGUGGUGGAACUGGGAGCUGUAGAGCGAGUGGGACAUUCUAGAUUAAAAUAGUGGCUGGGGAUCGUGCCACAUACUUGGCAUGUUAUAAUCCUCCUUUGAACAAGUGAUCUUGUUGGUUUCUUGUAGAUUUGGGUAAAACAUUCAGUGAAUUCACUAUUUUAAGUAUCAA